AUGAUUGUUCCUGUAAGAUGCUUUUCAUGUGGUAAAGUUGUUGGUGACAAAUGGGAAAGUUACUUAAACAUGCUUCAAGAAGAUGAACUCGACGAAGGUACUGCUUUGACUAAGCUUGGCUUGAAGAGAUACUGUUGCAGGAGAAUGAUUCUAACACAUGUGGAUCUAAUUGAGAAGUUCUUAAGAUACAACCCAUUAGAGAGAAGGGAUUAG